AAACUCGAGCAGAUUUAUGCUAAUUUCUGCUACAUCAUGGUAAUGACGAUAAAAUUAGGGGGAAAAAGUAGAAUUUGUCAUAAUUUUGACUUUUUAAAUCUCAGUUUCUGCGUACUAUGUCAUGAUUUUGACUUUUUGUCGUAAUUUCGACUAAAAUUUACCAAAGCUUGACUUUCCUCCUCUUUUUCGUCGCGUCGCGUCUGUUCUCGCGUUUCAGUUUGAUCUCUAUGGCAACGCGAUCAGACGCUCGGUUAAAGUUUCGCUCGGAAUUCUCCACAGGUUCCGGAUCCGAACCGAACUCCUCAGAAUCAUGUCUCGGGCAUUUCCAGAUUUACCGGAAAUAACCAGCGAGAACUUUGAACAGAGUCUCUCUGAUCAGAUCUUCAUCGAGUUCUUCAACGCCUUCCUGCAGCUGCCUGUGUUUGGACCGGCUGUGAGGUAUGAUGGGAUCUCUGCAGGCUUUGAGCUGCUGGAUCACACAGCUGAGGAUCUGUCCCGCCGGAUCAGAACCGCUCUACACCAGAUCCGGUCCAAACCGCUGUCGGACCUGAGCUGGAUCCCCGACAACAGCUACACCGUCACCUGUCUGGAGCGAGAUCAGAGCCUCCAGUGGCUGAAGAGAGACAGACUGCCGUUUUUCCUGCAGAGCGACUGCUACUUUGAGUUCAGGCUGACCAAAUGUCUGUCUCAGCUCAGCGGCCCGUGGAGAUCUGGGCGUCCAGUGACUGUCGACGCUUCGUCCUCUCAUGUGUGUGAUGAGCACUGUCUUCGGUCUGGUUGGAGCUUUUGCAGUUUUUCAGAGAAGAUGAACAGCAGAUUCAGCGCUCCGAAGACGGCCGACCACAGAACGGCCAACGGACGGACGGCGGUCGGAGAGGCGGCUUGUUCCCAAUCAGCGGGACGCAGCUGUGAAGCCGGUGCCAGACAAAACUUUCUGGACUUUAAGAGGUCUCUGGUCGGCGGGCCGGGAGAGAAUAUCCUACAUCUGUGGAUGGAUAUAGAGCGACUGAAGACUCUCAGCGCAAAGACCAGGAGCAGGUUUUUAGGGUGGAUGAAGUGUCAGUAUGUGGUCAGCAGCAGCCCAGCGGCUCUGAGCGAACAGCUGCUCUCUCGAUUGGGAUUAAACAGCACCAUCUGCUGGCGGGAGGAGCAACUGCGUGACAUUCAGCCCCAUCUGUCAGAGAUCCUGCUGCUGUACUGGGGUCAGCGUUUCUGCUUGUUUCCGUCUGAUCAGUGGCAGACCUCAGAGCAUGUGUUGAGUUCUCCUGUCUGUGUCCACAGCGUCUCCUCCGUCUGCGCAGAUGCAGAACCGCAGUCCAUCUGCGCCUGCAGUCAUAUGAAGGUCGAGCUGGACGGCAGUGAGAUUCAGACUCUGCUGGAGGUUCUGCACACUGAAUCCAGAUCUGGUUUCUUUUUCACGCAUUUCUGUCAGAACUCAGGGCAGCAGUUGUGGGAAAACACUGUGUAUUUCUGCUCAGAGCUGCUGCAGUACCGUCAGCUCUUCUGCCAGAGCAGGUUUGAUCCGUACAGAGUUCAGCGCACCGCUCAGCUCCUGUACGCCUCGUUCCUGAGCAGCGGAGCUCAGAUGAGCGUGUGUUUGAGCGAGGAGCGCCGGAGAGCCGUCCUGCUGCGUCUGAGUCCUGCGUUUGAGGAUCUGUUUGAUCCGGCGGAGGAACACGCUCUCAGCGUCCUGCUGGAGCCCUGGACUCUCCUAUCACAGACACUCAGAGACGCGCUCCACACCGUGGCGCUGUGGGAGGAGGUGCGAUACGCCGAGGUUGAGCUCUUCCAGACACUGCAGACUCUCUACACACACGCACAGAGCCGACGGCAGCAGGUGAUUCACCAUCACACACCUGAUGCUGUUUCCAGUCAUGUGACCUGUGAGCGCCAAACUCCACCGGCUCCGGCGCCGGAUCUCUGGUCGAAGGUUCCGCGGGAGUUUCGCCAGUUCCGUCUGGAUUCUCUGCUCCAGAACCACCUGGAGCUCCAGCACUUCCUGUCCUUCCUGGAGGAGAAUUCGGCCAGUCUGGAUCUGCAGUGCUGGCUGGACGUGGAGCAGCUGAAGAACAGUGAUGCGGAGCUACUGGAGGAGAGAAUCACAAACAUCAGAGACAAAUAUCUCAGCAGCAACUUCCUGUUUGGAGCCGGCAGCCCAGCCACUGAAGAACAGCAGAUGAGGCUGUUGCAGAUGUGCGGCGGUUGGCAGCGUCUCCAGCAUGAGUUGGUGUCUCUCUCUGUUCUCACUGAGCUUCAGUCUCUUCUUCACAGUCGUCUAGAGACCCGAUGGCUGCCGCUGUUUCUCUCCAGCUCAGAGUUCAUCUCGCGUCAGCAGCAGCGGCGGAAGGUAACAGAAGUGUGUGAGAAGCAGCCGGUUGUCCGUCAGCGCAGGAAGAGACACGUAUGGAAGCAGGUGUCUGCAGGUUCGAUGAGCUGCUCUCAGGAGUCGGUGUGUCUGCGCAGAGCUCUGUUGAAUCCCGUCACCCGUCUGCAGUUCCAGAAGUUCCUGUCUGCCCGUGAUGAUCUGCUGGAAAACGAUCUGCUCUUCUGGCUGGAGGUUCAGAGGUACAAGGAUCUGUGUCACUCCCGCUGUGAUGACAUCACACUCCAGAGGAAGGUGUCCAUCAUCAUCAGCCGCUUCAUCAGUUCGUCCGUCCCGCCGGCGCUGCAGAUCCACGUUCCUCCUGAAGCGGCGCAGCGGGUCGUGAGUCAGCAGCGAGCGCUCGGCCCGUACGUCUUCAGAGAGACGCAGGUGUGUGUGUUCAGCGAGCUGCUCAAGCACUGGCCGGAGUUCGUGGCGUUGCGUUCAGCCGUCGGGGAGGACGAUCUUCUGCGAAUGCUGGAUCAGAAGCAGUGGAGAGAGAGACAGAGGAGCAGACAGACAGACGAGCCGGACGACAGCAGCUCUCAGCAGGAGGAGGACGAGGCUCACGCAGGCGCUGAUGAAGAGCAGCAGCAGAACUCUGGGAAUGAGGGCAUGAAAGCGGCCACAUAUAAGAUCUCCUGGUCCUACUGGAAACACAUGGCGAUGCUGGAGCAUGGAAACACUGCGGAAGUGACAUCAUCAUCAUCAUCAUGCAGAAGCUCCGGUUCACAAACGCAGCCGCAGCUCAGACGCUCACGUCAUCAAACCAGGCCGAAGAGUGAAAACGACGACAGACACCAAACACACUGACCUCAAUCUGAUGAUACACCUUAUUUUAUUACAAAACGUAGAUUCAUUGUGAAGCAACACUUAUAUUUUCAUUACACCAGAAUACAGGAGCAAAUAAUACAAUAAAAACAGUAAAUCAU